GGCAUGGAGCGCGAGGCGGAGGCCGGGCGGCUCGGGGCGCUGCUGGCGGCGGCGGGCGGCGGCGGGCAGGUGCUGCUGGUGGGCGAGCUGUGGGAGCGCGAGCCGAGCCGCGCGCUGCUGCGGGACUUCGCGCGCGCGGUGCUCCCGGCCGAGGCGGCGGCGGCGGCGGGGCCCGCGGGGCCGGGGGCGCCGGGGGCGCCGGGGGGCCGCGCCAUCCGCUCGCCGCUCGUCUUCGUGCUGUGCCGCGCCGCGUCGCUGGCCGCCCCCGAGCCGCGGCGCCGCGUGCGGGAGAUGCUGCGGGACGUGCGCGGGCGGCGGCGGGCGGGCGCCGCGCUGGUGGCCGUGCUGGUGGCCGAGCCGGGGCCCGACGACGCGGGCCUGCGGCGGCUCGAGGCGCUGCUGCGCGCCGUGUUCGGGCGCCAGGCGGGGGGCCCGGUGCAGGCGGCCGCCUACCGCCCCGACCAGCCCGCCGCCAGCCUGGCCGUCCGGGCGGCCGCCUGCCGCGCGCUGCGGGCCGCGGGCCCCGCGCCACCAGCAGAAGGAGCCUGGGAGAGACGGGGCCUCCCGGCCCUGCUGGCGUGCUUUGCCUGGGGUCCCUGGAGCCGGCGGAAGGAUGCAGAGGCCACUUCUCCCGGUGGGCCAGCGCAGGGUCACUGCAGGGACCCUGAGGAGGAGCUGGCCCUGACUGCCAUCAUCCCCAACGGAGACUGUGACGAACUCGCCAAAAGCUCCCAAGCCUGCGAAGGAGCCAUGGCCACGGAGCCCACGGGAGAGCCAAGAUGAAGCUGACCCCACCUGCCAGCGCUGGCCUGGAGCCGGGGGCCGGCUGUGCCUCCCGGGCCCCUGUGUGGAGGGGCUGCACCCUGACAGCAGCCAGCCAGGCAGGGCCCAGGAAAGCAUCAGCCCUGGCCUCCUUGCUCGCUCCCUGACCCCAAGCAUCGGCAGGAUGUCGCUCCGUGCCUCGUGUCUCCGGCUGUGCUGUGCCGUGGGACCUCGGACAUGUUUGCAUAAGGAAAACAGAAGAAAACCCCUCACCGGAAGUCACCAGAUUUGGAGGUGCAGACUUUGGCAUGUCACUUGGCCUCUGAGCCCUAAACACACGAGGGGGCGAACACACCCCAGAACUCUGUGUGUGUGUGUGUGUGUGUGUAUGUGUGUGUGGGGGGGUGGUGCUGUAACCUAGCACAUGUGUGUUGGAGAGGUGCUGUAACUGUGUGUGUUGGAGAAGGCACUUAGAAUUGGAGAAGAUGCAGUAAUUCCUGGCAUUGUGGCUGCACCUCACAGAGCACAGAACAGCCUCCAACAAGCCCAGAAUUGUUCCACCCAAAGUGCUAACCGUGACCCCUCUGGCGGGCCCUGCCCUUCUCCCUGCCCAUCUUGGAAGACGCUCCCAGAGCCAAGGACCGUCUUCUUGGAACCUGGCUCCCAGCAAGCCCCAAUAAAACCUGCUGUGCCCGAGGCCGCUGGUGCCCGAGCCAGCCCUGGGCAUCUCUCCAGGCCCAGGACACAGAGAGCGGCGAGCUGGGAAGAAAGUGCCCCCCACUUCCUCGCGCUGAAGGUGCCAGGUCUGCCCACGGCCCCAGCACAAGGCAGGUCCGGAGUAAGAAGCUGAGAGCCGGGACUUGCAGCGGCUCCGGACCCUAGCCCAGGGUCAAAGCAAAUUCAGCCCAGAGGUGCCACAUUUGACCGGCGACCGUGAGUCAGACGGGGCUGAUGAUGGUCCCCUACAAGCCAGAAUGGACAUCUGCGCACUAGGGGAGGGCACCCCACCCAACCUCACCUUCUUGCUCGCCUGGAGAGGUCGGGGGCUGGGCCGCAGCAGAGCAGCCCCUGGCUAAGGGAAGUCGCUAAAUCAGCCCAUUCAUUCCCCAGGAAUGCAGAUGGGCACUGUGGGGGCGGGGUGGGCGGCUCUAGAUCUGGCGGUCAUGAUUUCUCUGAUGGUGCAGUUUAUGGGCCCACCCUGCUCAGUGCCUUGUUACUGCUUUCCCGGGGAGCCUGGUCCCGUGUGUCUCCAGGCCUCUUGGGGACAGCAUGUGGCAGUCAUCCUUGGGGGUGUUAGCAGCAGAUAUCCCUGGAAUAAUGCAAGCUUGGCCCACGCAUCCGGGGAUCCUCCCCGACCCACGGCCGCCGGCCGCCGCCAGCAAUAACUAGCUGGAUCGCUGUGGCAUCUGCUUUCAGGACACCAGUGUCGGGGAGUUCAGAAGCUGCCGCAUUUUCUACCCUGGGGGUCUGGACAGAUGACUCCAGGACUCUGUCCGUUUCUCUGGGGGAUGAUUUGGUUGGGAGUGUUAUUUUUUUGGCGGGAGAAAGGGAGGGAGCUUUUUCCAGUUACAAGGCGGGACCCUCCACAUGCCAAGCUCAACUGUGGAAUCUCCUGCCAGCCUUUGGGGCCUGGGAGACGGUAAACGGAAAGGCUGGCAUGGUGUUUGCUGGGUGCGGUGCCAAGGAUCGAACUCAGGGCCUCGCCCUGGCAAAGUCUGCUCAACUCCUGAGUUACAGCCCUGACUAAUAAAAGCUAGUUUUCU